AUGUGGAUGUGUAAUCAUGCGGGUGCUUCUAAGGGCCCUGUACCCAGCAAGUGUGGCGGUGCCCUCCCAUAUGUAGCUUUCAUGUCGGUUGUGCACACGUCCAAUAUGGGUCCAACAGUUACUCUUCCGAUGUCCCAAGGACACGGCCAGCCGACAACGAACAUUUCACGACGAGCUGCUGCUCGGCAUCGUCCGGUUUCUUCCCGAGUCCACGCACGCUCUCAGUCAUCUACCAAGCUUGCAUCUGCGCUCGCCGUCGCGCAAGGUCACCGUGACGUCACCUCACUUACCGAAGAAAAGUCAAAGCGGAGGAUUAAAAGUGUGGAGGAUGUUGCAUCGCUACGACCUCACAGCUCCACGCUGUCAAUGGGCGGGCCGAAAACCUCAUCGCGUCUCUCCACGAAGCGCGCUUCAGAACGUCAGUCUGCGGUUAAAGAUACCGUCACAGUCACAGGCGGUGUGGAAGAGGAGGAGUGGACCUCCGAGAGCGGCGCAAGCAGUCCGACCCAAGCAACUGCUGCGGUCAAGGCAGACGAAGAUGAGGAAGGCGAUUAUGAUGGUCCAGAGAUCCGGAUCGGUCCUCAUGCCCAUGCGGCGCCCUCGAUGCGAGUGGGCUAUGGAGGAAUAUCUGUGGACGACAACCGUUCUUCGACACCCACCUUGCACAGGACGUUAUCGGAUCCGAACAAUCUCACUAUCCAAACCGACUUUCCGCCUCUGUCCACGUCAGGGCCGAGCUCGAGCAAAGCCCUCUACCAUGCACCACGCUCGCCACAUACCCCUAGUCGAUUGCGACCCAUGUCCUUGAUAAGGCCGCCCUCAUUUGCAUCAGCCGUCGUCACCGCUCCAACUGUUCUUGACUCACCUGCGUCCGAUAUGCCCGAUUCUCCCAAACAUGAUUCAUCCGCACGGGAGGCCGCGCCUUCCAUAGCGCCGUCGAUCCCCUCUAUCGUUCCAUCGCGUGUCAGAACGAUCUCAGCGAUGUCGGGUGCAUCCGGCGCAGCCUCACGCGCCAUGGAUGCCCUCACUCGCGCAAAUGCCAAUCCUUUCCUCACGUCACACUUUCCCCAUCUAUCCACCCAGAAUGAUGUCCAUCAUCUUUUGCCCCCCAAGUUUGUUGCUUCGCACAUGGCUAUCAAGAGAUAUUGGACGCCAGUCGACGAUGCCGUAGGAAGACUGCGAGUGGUCCUCAAGACAGCUUGA